CCGACCAAUGGCGAGCGGCCUCACACACUGGAACAGGAGCCGCCUCCUCAUGCAUUUUUAACUGCUCGGCAGGUGAGUGUGUGUUUCACUCUGACUUCACUCCUCCUCACGGUGGAGGGAAGCGCCGGAUGGCCGCCGGGUGGUGACCCCCGACCCUUCCCGAGGACGACGCCCAGCGGAAGGUGAUGCCUGGCGCUGAGAGCGCUGGCGUGGAGGGCUCCUGUCAGGCUCUGUGCCGCACCCUGGUGAGCCAGAAGGGCCUGCAGAAGGAGUCCGCUGACAUCUCCCGCUCCGUCCUCUACACUUCUCUGAUGGGCCUGCUGCUGGUGGCCGACAACCAGGGGGAAGAGCUCACGUUGGGGAGCGGACGACUCGGCCUCAGGAACAUUGGCAACACGUGCUUCCUGAACGCCAUCGUGCAGUGUCUGUCCCACACCGGGGACCUGCGGGACUACUGUCUCCUCAAGUCCUACCGCCACGACAAGUUCUCCAGGGAGGAGGCCAAGCUGACGGAAGCUUUCUCUCAGGUGCUGUCCGGCCUGUGGCGCGAGAACGACUGCGGCGCCGACGUCAACCCUCGACGCUUCUACAACCUCUUCAGAGAGGCCGUGCCUCACUUCAGCGGCUACAGUCAGCAGGACGCUCAGGAGUUUCUGCGCUUCCUGUUGGAGCGGCUGCACGCGGAGAUCAACCGCAGGCCGUGCGUGCGGCGGCCAACCCAGGAGCCCGAGCAGCAGUUCGCCAGGUUCAGGAUCUCCGAGGAGUCUGCGGCCCUGUGGAAGAAGCACCUGGAGAAGGACGACAGCAGGAUCGUGGACUUGUUCUCCGGGCAGCUGCGCAGCUCCCUGCACUGCUCCGUCUGCUCCCACCACUCCAACACCUUCGACGUCUUCUGCGACCUGUCGCUGCCCGUCCCCAAGAGCAGCUGCGGCGGGGAGGUGACCCUCAAGGAGUGUCUGGACCUCUUCUCCCAGGAGGAGCAACUGGACAAGGAGAACUCUCCGAUGUGCGAGAGGUGUAACCGCCACACGGAGAGCACCAAGCGUCUGUCCAUCCAGAGGUUCCCCCAGGUCGUCGUCAUCCACCUGAACCGCUUCACCACCUCGCGCUGGUCCAUCAGCAAGAGUGCCGUGCAGGUCUCCUUCCCCGUCACCGACCUGGACCUGGGGCCGUACGGACCCAUGGACUGUGGUCCCGUGCUGUACCACCUGUACGCCGUCUGUAACCACGUGGGCACGGUCAACAUGGGCCACUACACGGCCUGCUGCUCCGACGACAGCGGCUGGUGCUGCUACAACGACUCCAGUGUGACGCCGGUCUCCCCAAAGCAGCUCCAGAGCAGUCAGGCCUACGUUCUCUUCUACCAGCGCAGCGACAGCGCCACCAUCAGGAAAUGACUCCGCUGGAGCAGGAAGUGAUGUUUGAACGUGAACGCAGACAGGGGACGUGCUGAUGACGUCACGGGGGCGGGGCUGAGUGACUGAGGAACAGAUCUAACGGAAUAAAGUCGGUGAUGUUU